AUCAGUUGUCAAAAUUCGUCAAUAUGUCAAUGUCGGAAUUCUAAAAGAAUUUUUGUUAUCAAAUGUUAACAUAUUUGUAAUUAUAUUUUUUUUACUAAUUCACCAUUAAUAGAACGAAGUAAGUCAAACAAUGGGAGUAAUUAGGAAAACAUUAAACUGGUAUGCCAAAUUGAGUCCUAGUCGUGGUAAAACAUCUCCUCCUUUCGAGCAUGUAGUUCAAAUUGGAGAUCCUAGGUUACGUAAAAUAUCAGAGCCGGUACCGAUAGAUAAAAUAAAAACUAGUGAAGUACAAAAAGUUAUAAAAACACUGGAAUAUGUUACUAACAAGUACGGUAGUGUUGGUAUGUCGGCGCCGCAAAUCGGCGUCAAUAUGAGAGUAUUUGUAAUGAGACUAACAGCACAACAAUUGUCAUCAUUUCCUGCAGAAACUGUUAAAUUUAGGGGUAUAACCAUAGUACCGUUGACUACUUUUGUAAAUCCUACACUGAAAGUGGUUGACUAUAUUAAAGUGGUACAGCCAGAAGGCUGUGAAAGUGUCAGAUCUUUCACUGCGGAAGUUGCAAGAUAUAAAAAAGUCCAGAUUACAGGCUUUGAUGAGAAUGGUGAACCGUUACAAAGGAUCUACACAGACUGGGCGGCGAGGAUAGCUCAGCAUGAGAUGGACCACUUGGAUGGGAAGUUGUACACAGACAUCAUGGACAGAAAGACAAUGUGUUGUGCAUGCUGGGAGGAGGUCAACUUGUCCAAAGGAAAAGUUGCUAUACCUUUUGCUCCUGAAUAAAUAACCAGAAACAAUUGUUCAAUAUUUCAAUUUAAAACCUACUAAAGAAUGUUUAAUAUACUACUGAGUCAUCAUGGAUACUUUUGAUAAAAGGAAUAUGGGAAUGGGAAGUGCAUUUGUCAGAGGAGAGGAUGUACAGAUAGUUAAUAUUACUCCUAAGGUUGCAUAAAAAGGGAAAAUAUAUUCUAUCUGUACCUUGUUUCGCUCUUGCCAAAACAUGGUUUAAAAAAUAAAAGUGUCAUAUUCAAGCAAGGAUAUUAUAUUUAUUAUGCCUUAUAACAGCUAUAUGUGUUUCAUUAGAAAUGCACAUUGUAACAUGA